AUCGUUGGACGAUCGGUGACCGGUUGAAAGGAUUUGGAAAGAAUCCGCGCCGAAAAACGUGGGCCGCGUGACGCGCGGCGAAAGAGAGCGAGGGAAGGUGUCUGUCGGUCGAACACGUGGUCGCCGCCGCCACGAGGCACGGCCUCUUGCAACAGGGAAUCGUUUCCGAUUCGUCGUCGCGGAGGCUCGCGAGCAUCGUGUUUUCAAGAUGUUCGAUCGGACGUUACGAUCUGGAUACUUGUAGAUAUCUCAUCGGUUGAAGAAUCAAGAAGAGGAAGAAGAAGAAGAAGAAGAAGAAGAAGAAGUGCUCUGAGAGUGUGCCGGGGAUUAGUGUGCCGUUGUUGAAAAACCAGGUGUGCCUUCUCUCUUUCUAUAUAUAUAUAUACAUAUAUAUAUACCGUUUCCCCUCUUCGUUUUCUUCCAUCUUCUUCUUCUUCUGUUCCUCCCUUCGAUCGACCGACUAUCUUCUCUUUUCUCUCCCGUGGGUGAACGCGUCGAACUGUUUACAUGCAUCGUGGAACGCGGAAAAGAGUUUGACGAAAAAAAAAAAAAAAAAAAAAGAAAAAGGAAGGAAAGAAAAGAAAAAGGAAAGGAUAAGGAGAAAGGGAAAAAAGAAGAAUCGGGGACAGGUGGAAAAGUGAGAAAUUGGAGUUGAACCGGAAGUGCAGUCAGCUACCCUAUCGGCUUCAAGGUCAUGGAAUGACGCAUAAGAUCAUCCGGAGCGACGAGCAGGAGCAAAGCCGAGGGUGAUAGAAGCGGGUGUGAUGAGCGGAUAUCUCGGUAACAUCCCCCUGCCCCCAACAUUGUUGCACGACCCGAAGUAUCCUCCAGCCAUGCGGGAGAAAGACUCGAGUCCGAGAAAAAUGCCGGGCCACAUAAGCCCGAAGCAAGCUAGCAUCUAUCCUCUGNCGGGCGGGCAGCAGCAUCAACCGCCCCAACAACAAAGUCACUCGAGUCAGCAACAGCAGCACCAGCACCAGCACCAGCAUCACCAGCAACAAGCGUCCGGCGCUAUUCCGCCGUAUUCAAUCAGCGUGCAGGCAGGUCUGAAGCCGAAGGACAGAUACUCGUGCAAGUUCUGCGGUAAAGUGUUCCCCAGAUCGGCCAAUCUGACGCGGCACCUGAGGACUCACACGGGCGAGCAACCGUACAAGUGCAAGUACUGCGAGAGGAGCUUCAGCAUCUCGAGCAACUUGCAACGCCACGUGAGGAACAUUCAUAACAAGGAGAAACCGUUCAAGUGCCCGUUGUGCGAACGGUGUUUCGGGCAACAGACCAAUUUGGACAGACACUUGAAAAAGCACGACGCCGACGGGCCAACGAUACUCGACGAGGUCAGAUCGAGGUAUCACGGACAGUUGCCGAGAGCGGACGAAUCUUACUUCGAGGAGAUUCGCAGCUUCAUGGGGAAGAUCACCUCCCAGAGACAGGGGAUACCUUAUUUCCCUGGAUUGUUGGGGCACGGUGGGGACGAGUUCAGGAACGACAAGCAACAGCUCCAGUUGGAGGAGAAGAGAGGCGACUCUUCCUACUUCAGCGACAGGGAUAAUCUGAGCUCGAGGUCGAGCAGCACCGCGAGCAGACCCGAGAGCGUCCAAGAGGAGCAACGGGAAGUUAAUUCCCCUCCCCUGUCACCUGGAAACAACACUUGAGUCAGGGAAUCGUGAUUCGAUGAACGAUUUUCGUCGGGUACGGUUAAGUGGAGAGAUCGAUGCGCUUUUUCUUCGAGAAGU